UAAUCUACAAAGAAUGGGUUAUUUUCCUGGCCUAUGAGAGAGCAGCAUGGUAAGUUUGUAAGGAAAGCAGUUUUUUUGGGUGGAAUCGAGAGGUGAACUACAUGGCAGAUUAUAUUAUUCUAUUUUUUGAGAGACAGGGCAACCUAUAAUUGUGUGUGAUAGUUCUUUAUUUCCUAUCCUCAAUUUGGUCAGAAGGAAAAUUUGUAAUUAGCUAAGCAAUUAAGUAGGAAUGCAGGCAGAACACCUAAAACACCAUUGGUAAAAUCAGGAGGCUUCUUAAUUGGUUGAGACUCAGUUUAGGAUUGUAGAACAGAGAAUAAGCUCCAUCAGCAUUGCCCAGUUUGUGUUGGGGAUUUUUGGGGAGAAGAUGACAGUCUUAAGGUAGACAAGAAUGGUGGCAGAACAAUAUAGGGACUCUAGAUGACCUGGACCAGCCACUUCCAUAGCCCAUCCUGCCAUUGGGUGGCAGGAAAACAGACCAACGUGCCUGGGGCCACAGACUGUUCCCUUCCUCAGCCAACAGAGGUGCAGGAUGUUCGCUGUCAGCUGGAUUUUGACUCCUAGCUCUCUGCCUCUGCUGGCAGUAUCUCAGGGUCCUGAACACCACACCUAACAGCCUGUAGUCCACUACCUUCUUGAUGUUGUUGUUCAGUCUUUCUAACUGGCUUGCAGUCUGCCUGAGUUUUUGAAAUUCUUUAGAGACGUCCCACCACAACUCAACUGGCCCUCAUCACUUGCUUGAAGAUGCCAGUAUGCUGCCAAACCUGAAGGAACUUCUCCAGUCUGCAGAUGACAAAGAUAAAAGGGCAUGGAAUCUGACUCUGAGCAGCUGGAGAGUGCAGAUUGCCUUCUACCUUUGUGUUACCAGUGCUCAGCAGAGUGCCUGGCACAUAUAUGUGAAGAUCCAAGAACUCAUGGGAAUUUCAGGCACUAGUGUCCCUGCACCUGACUUUCUGUUUGAAAUAGUGUAUUCUGGUCGAGUGGAUGCCAAAUUUUAUGAAACCAAAGGAGAAAGGGAUCUCAUCUAUGCAUUCCAUGGGAGCCGCCUGGAAAACUUCCAUUCCAUCCUCCAUAAUGGUUUACACUGCCACUUAAACAAGACAUCCUUGUUUGGUGAAGGGACCUACCUUACCAGUGACUUAAGCCUGGCUCUUCUUUACAGUCCUCAUGGUAUGGGGUGGCAGCACAGCCUCUUGGGUCCUAUCCUAAGUUGUGUGGCAUUGUGUGAGAUCAUCGACCAUCCAGAUGUCAAGUGCCAAACCAAGAAAAAGGAUUCAGAAGAAAUAGAUAGAAAAAGAGCUAGAGCCAAACAUAGUGAAGGGGGAGAUGUCCCACCUAAAUACUUUGUUGUUACCAACAACCAACUUUUACGCGUAAAAUAUCUGUUAGUUUAUUCUCAGAAACAACAUAAGAGGGUCUCAAGCCAGCCCUCCUGGAUUUCUAACCAUCGAUUCACUCUCAUGAUGCUGCUGUACCUGCUGCUGCUGAUCAUUAUAGGUGUCAGCAACUCUCCCUCUUUCUUGCACUACUGGAAUCGAGCAUUGGAGUCAAAAAGAUAAACUUACCUGGCUCAGCAGGAUAGCCUCUGUCAUAUGCCUUAGUACCUCCUGAUCUGUUAAUUCCUGCACCUCCACCUGGGACUCUGGGCUAGAGGCUAAGGAGGGGCAGUGAUUGGAACAUUACAAGACGCCAGACAUUUUGAUGGCCUUCUGAUGCUCCUAGAGAACUUUUUUGCUUCCUAAUUGGUCACAUUUUGGAGGACAGUGUCAGUUGGUCACACUCAAGAUUUCAGGAUCACUUUGCUGUUCUCUCUGUCCUUAGCAGUUCUGAGAAGCUGAGUUUUUAGCAACGGCCAAAGGAAGAAGCCUGCUGUAUUGAAAAACAAGGUGUCCAGGCUCUCGGCAAUAUGUUUACAAUUGCCUCUGGCAGAAAUCCUUCCUUUCUAAUGCCUUUGGAAGGUGGAAAAAUAUGUUGUGUAAGGUAUAAAUCAGGCAGUUGGCUUGUUUUGACUUGAAAUGUUACAGAGGAACAAUGAUGUUUCUCACGAAAUGGGGGGGGAUUGUUUUUGAUUUAUAAAUUUUGGCUUUAGACUUCUGAAUGUGACAACAAAAACUUCAGUAGUUUUAACCAUUUUCUUGACUAUCUAGAAAAGGCUUUUGCAGCAAUGGUGCACUUAUUAAUUUGUCAGAUUACAGAAUUCAUAGCUGGAAGGGGCUUUAGAGAGUCCAGCCGUUUCAUUUUAUGGUUGAGGCAACUAAAGCUCAAGGUUGCAAUGAUUUACCUAUGAUCCAACAAGUGUGAGAGCUAGGUUUUGAACCCAUGUCCUCUGACUUUAGAUCCAGAGUUCCUUCCACCACAUUCCACUGCCUCCCAGGAUGCUUUCAUUCAUGUAUUCAUUUAGCAAACAUUUCUGAAGCACCUAUUCUGUAGAAGAUAUGAAUGGAUGAGAAAGAAAGGGUUUUUGAUGUUAUUGGAGCCUCACAAGAGAUUACUUACUUAUAUUCAUCUUUUAAAUCAAGGAACUGAAUGUUUAAAAAAAUAAUGACUUGACAAUUGGGCAACAUCUUUGUGAAUGUUUCUACAUAGUGAUUCAUUUGGCCAAUGUCCACACAACACAGCCUUUUGACUGUUUUUAAGAAAAGAAACCCAGCUAUGGGCUUGCCCAUCUCACGAGAUGGAUUUGACAUGCUGCAAAUAAGCCCCAUGGAAUUUGGACAAACACGUCCUAAAUGAGAGCCUUUAAUGAUAAAUGUUUUAUUCUUAAAUUUGCCACACGUCCACAUGUCUUAUUUGGAGGAGCAUUUGAUUUUUGGUAUGCUCCUUGUCAGUACCUGUAUGUGCUGUUUUACACGGAGAAGAAUCCCUUGGAUGCCAGGAUAGCAGUUCCAUUUGUUGCUGUUAUGUAUUAUCAUUACCUGCUUUCUAUUAGGUAUCCAAUUUGGUUUAAAUAAAACAUAGCCCUAUUUUUUUCCAGUUGGUGGUUUAAUAUAUAUAUUUAUGUAUACAAACAUAUAUGAUGACAUAUGUAUGUAUGUAUGCAAACUUAUAUAUGUAAGCAAAUGUGAUUUUCUGUAAAAAUAAAUAAAAUUGGUUUUCUAUUA